AUGGUGACGCAUCAGAGGAUAGAUUAUGGAUUUGUUGGCUAUCAGGUGCCAACGAAGCCGCGUGCCGCACGAUCAACUAGGAAGAGGGAUACAUUUCAAACAAGGGCGGAACACAAUCAAAUGUGCGCGAUUGACUUAUUGGCCACCGUAGCAUCCGGCACUCUAUUGCAAGAGAAACAGAAUCCAAUCACAUCUAGUGAUGAAUCGUUGAAAAAAGAUCAGCGUGGAUUUGUUAAAGAAGAAGUCCAAGAUGGAAAUAAACCAUUCAAAGCCGAGCUUCCUGAUGAAGCAAGUUGUGAGAGAAGGCUUCAACAAGGGUUUGUUAAGGAAGGGUGUGUGGAUAUAAAUAAGCCGUUAAAAGCCGAGCUUUCUGAUGACGGAAGUAGUGACAGGAAAUGUAUCUCUACUCUUUCUUUACAAGAGCAUGAUCUGAAUUCAGGUUUGAAAGAUAGCCCGCAUUCUGAAAUUGAAGGUCGUUCAUGCAUUGCUUCUAUAUUAACAAGUUCUAGUUUAUCGGAGAGGUUGGUUACCGACACUUUGUUGGAUGUAAAAAGCCAUAGUGAAAUGAAAAGUAUUACUAGCAAAGUUGAAUUAGGAUCCUCUGGAUUUCCAGAUUGUAGUGAUUGCAACUUAGAUGUUGAUGUAAGUAUAGUAAAAGAUGAGCUCCAAAAAUCUGAGAUGCCGAUUGGUACCGAGAGUGAAACAUGCUGUUUUAAGGAUCCAAUAGAUGAUAAACCUCCGGCGCUGGUCGUUUCAGGUGGAAAUGCUAAGUUGUCAGGACGCGACGAUAGCAUGACUCGUAGCUCGUUGUUAAAAGGUUGUGACAAUGUAACAGUAGUUUGUAGAGAUGAUGACGAAAACAAAUCAGAGUGUGCUCACCCUAGUUCAAAAACUAAGGCCUUUAGGCCAAAGACUUGUAUAGGUGAUCAAAGAAUAAGGAAAAGGUUGGCUUCUAAAUAUCGGAAAGUUGCUCGAGAAUCAAAGCAUGAUACACUUUCUAACAAUGUUUUGGAUAGAAAUUUCAACACAGUUUACAACGGCAGGAAGAACAGUUAUAGUCACCAAAUAUCUCAAAUGAAUAUUCCUUUCAAAAAGAGGAAGAUUUUUGAUUGCAGCUCCACUUCAAAUUCUAAUGGAAAUAUCAGAAGUGGCCGCACUUAUUAUUCAACUAAGAAUGACAUCAAUCAAGGCGUUUCUUGUUCAUCAUCUCGGAUGCGCAAAGAUCCUGGAAAGUCAUCCUUGGAAGCAUAUCAUCAUCGUUCUACUAUACAAUCUAGAGACUCUCAUGUGAAGCUUAGGAUCAAAUCAUUUAGAGUGCCAGAACUUUUUAUCGAGAUUCCAGAAACUGCUACCGUCGCAUCCUUGAAGAAAGCAGUGAUGGAGGCAGUGACUACUCUACUUCGAGGCGGAUUGCGUGUUGGUAUGAUUCUCCAUGGAAAGAAACUUAAAGAUGACAGUAAAACUCUACUUCAGACUGGAAUUUCUCACGAUAACGAGCUUGAUGCUUUGGGAUUCACCUUGGAACCUAGUGCUUCUCAAAGCCUACCACUCACAUGUGCUAAAGAUUCUCUCAAUGUUCCCAGUGGAGACAUGCCUCUAUCUUUAAUAGGGCAUCCUUCGAGUCCUGCUGUAGUUUUUCCGAUUCAAAGGGUUCAAGGUUUCUCUGACACCGACCAUCAAGUAACGACUUUAGCUAACAUUGUUGAAAGUGAUAAUGAUUCAGCACCUUCUCCUAUCAAUGCGUUAGGUGGAAAAAAACUGUCAGAUUCCAAAGAACUUGUUACUAUCCCUGAAAUGGGAUCGGAGGGACUAAAUAUACUUCCGGUGAACCAGAGUCACCAGAAGCCAAAGCGAACUGAGAUCUCACAACGCCGACGAAUUCGUAGGCCAUUUUCUGUUGCUGAAGUGGAGGCACUGGUUGAAGCAGUCGAGAGACUCGGAACCGGAAGGUGGCGUGAUGUUAAACUUCGCGCAUUUGAUGAGGCAAAGCAUAGGACAUAUGUGGAUUUAAAGGAUAAAUGGAAAACAUUGGUACACACAGCAAGAAUAUCUCCUCAACAGAGAAGAGGUGAGCCUGUCCCCCAAGAACUUUUGGAUAGGGUCCUUACUGCUCAUGCAUAUUGGUCCCAACAACAGCUCAAGCAUCACCCUGAAACAUGCCUUCUCCUUUAA